CAGAGCCUUAUGAAAUUGAACCACACCCACGAGUAAAGGUCUGAAGGCAUCGUUGCGUUUGUGCUAAUUAAGUAGUAAGGUGAUUGGGGGCACUUGGAUCUUUCUAUUUCACCAUGGCUGAUGGAGGCAAUGGCGACAUACCGAUGCUGGAAGCUCCACCUUCUUAUGGGCGCCAAACAUGUUCUUCCAUCGAUGCUUUACCUUACAUCGACUCGGACUAUGCCAACCCCAGAGUGAAGGCGGAGGUUGACCGUUUAGUGGAGGAGGAAAUGCGCCGCAGUACCAAGAAGCCCGCCGACUUCCUCAACGACUUGCCCCCUCUUCCCACCUUCAAUUUUCAGGAGUACCCAAUGAUUGGUAGAGAGUACGAGCGUGUAAGAGCUGGAAGGGCUCCCGUUGCUCUUGAUCGGUCUCGUUAUGAAUUGGAAACGCCAGCUGUCAGUAAGAGGAACGAUGAAACUGCUUGGAAGCAAGCACUUCAGAGAUCUCAGCGCCUUCUGCAAUAUCAGAUUACCAGGAUGGAAAAUCUUGAUUUGUUGUUAAAGUAUGGACCUGAUGCUUGGAAACAACACAACAAUCGAUUGGAAGUAUAUUUGACAAGAAUACAGAAAUUAGCUCAGGAACUAAAUGAAAAGAUUGAGAAAGUAAAUCGUGAAAGAAAAUAUCAUCAGCAAAAUACGGCAUACGAGCUCGAUGCUUUGUCAAUGCAGUGGAAGGAUCUGUGUCAGAAAAAUAUAGCAAUACAAACUGCGUGUGCUUCACUUGAAGCUCGCAUAAUAGAACUGGAGACAGAAGCAGCAGAAAGAGGUUGGAACUUGGACGCCAUCACGGAAAAUGGGACCCUUGCUCAAUUCAGAAGUAUGACAUUAGCACCUUGAUCUUUCUUUUGUUUUUGAUCAACCAUCUAGUGUGAUUUCUCAGUAUUUUGUUUUAGGAUCAAUGUCGAAAAAGGACCAUGAGUCAAUGAGUACCAAGAAGUUGACAUUUUUUCUAAAGUAGUGGACAAACAAGAAAACAGAUUUCUAUUUGGUUGUUAAUGCUUAUGAGAUAUUAUUAUUAGAAGAAUUA